AUGCUGCUUCCCAAGCAAAUGUUCAUAUAUGCAAUAUAUCCCACAAAUUCCGUUGACUAUCAUGCCGUAGUACUUAUAUCGCUCAUCUCACCGCCCCUUCACCCUAUCUACGUCCAAUUCCUUAUCUCAGGCGGGGCUUCCUAUCCUAUCGCCCUUGUACUCCACUCGGGGCAGUUCUGCCCCGGCCAUGCAAAGGACUCUCUCGAGGAGGUCAUCCAAUUGGCCAUCGCUAAGAACUUCCAAGUCUUUUGCUUGACCGAGCACAUGCCCCGCGGAGAACAGGAUUACUAUCCGGAAGAGAUCGAAGCCAACCAAACCAAGGCAUGGAUGAUCGCCAACGAAGCGAACUAUUUCCGCGAAGCCACCCGACUCCGAGAGAAAUACGCAGACCAGAUCAAAAUCCUGAUUGGCUUUGAAUGCGACUGGAUUCGGCCAGAGUCGCGGACUUUGGUUGAGACAUCAAUGCGUGCUUUCCCGUUCGAGUUCUUCAUGGGCUCGAUCCACCACACCAAGACCAUACCCAUCGACUACGACCGGGAGAUGUACGAGAAAGCUCGGGAUCUAGCAGGCGGGUCGGACGAGAAGCUCUUCGAAGCCUUCUUUGACGAACAGCUGGACAUGCUGAAGCAGUUGAAGCCUGUCGUGGUCGGCCACUUCGAUCUCAUCCGGCUGAAGAGCGACGAUCCCGAGCGCAGCUUCAAGCAGUGGCCGGGUGUUUGGGAGCGAAUUCUGCGGAAUCUGGACUACGUGGCUGGGUACGGGGGCAUUCUGGAGCUGAACUCUGCAGCGCUGCGAAAGGGGAUGAGCGAGCCUUAUCCUAAAGCUGAGAUUUGCCAGGAGUUUUUGGCGCGUGGUGGUCGGUUCUGUUUCUCGGAUGAUAGCCACGGGCUAGAUCAGAUUGGAUUGAAUUACGCCAGGAUGCUGGAGUUCAUCGAGACGAAUACGGACAUCAAAACAUUGUAUUAUCUCGAUCUCGGAAACGAACCCGAAACUCAAACCCCGGUGGAUAGCCGGUUUCCCCGGACGGUGGUCAAAUCCAUCUCUAUGGAAGAGGUGAAGAAGAUGGCUUUUUGGCAGACGAACUAA